AUGUUAGAGGCCACUAUAGAGAGAGGGAGGGCACCACCGUCGGGAGCCCCCGCAGCACCCGAAGUGCCACCACCGUCGGGAGCCCCCGCAGCACCCGAAGUGCCACCACUGUCGGGAGCCCCCGCAGCACCCGAAGUGCCACCACCGUCGGGAGCCCCCGCAGCACCCGAAGUGCCACCACCGUCGGGAGCCCCCGCAGCAGGGCUAGAUCCCGAAGCAAGGAGACAGUGGUCACGAGAGACAAGCACCGAGUCGUUUAAGGAAAUGAAGAAGAUCGCACGGCUUCUCAGGAAACUGGUGAGUGAUCGGGAGCUGUCGAACGCGGCCCGCCAAGCACCGCGGGGACCUGACAGGCAGAGCGGACUGAGAGGAGGAGGUGGCCGGUGUUACGAGUGUGGGGAGCGGGGCCACUUCAGUCGGGACUGCCCGCGCCUGCGACAACAAGGUGUGGGACAACCCUACGUUGCGGCUGGAAGAAACUGGCCGACGUACACAGAAGCAGCCCGAAGACCGGGACCAAGACCCGAUGGAUUCGCGGGACCUCCCGAGAAUGAGAGCAGGGAACCCGAACCAGCGGCCGGACAGGUACAGGGAAAUUUGUAA